AUGAAGCGAUCGAUUGAGUUUACCAAAGGGGCGGCCCAACCGAAACAACCUCAAGGGUCCCCUGUCAAGCAAAAGCAACGUCGAGGGCCUUCCCUAGCAGCGCCCUUGCAACCACCACCACCAGCAACGCUGUCAACCCCAGCCGCUUUGGAUGCUGACUGCGCUGUAGCAUUUGACGCGUGGAUCCAAUCCGAGCAAACCAAAGACGAACGGAAGUGGCCCAAGCUAGACCUGUCCAGCCAUCGUCGAAUGGCCAUUGAAACACACGACGAACUGGCAUCCUCCUCCCAGGUGAAACGAAAGCGCCACCUGCCAUCAACCUCACCAAAGCAGCGCGUGUCGUUGCCCCCGAAUCUCCCCAAUUUGGACAAAGUAGACAGAUUGGCUACACACAAAGGCGAGAUUGCCUCCUUGCUCCACGACAUUCAAAAAGUGCAUCGUUAUCGAGCCAAGAGCGCCACCGACACGGCACGUGAGGCUGUGCCCACUGCCCGACGACCAGUUUCGUCCGAAGCGACAGUUCGAGAACAACACCAACACGUAUCCAAUCAAAUGUGUCAGCCAAGUGAACGCACAGUGGCAUUUGAUGAUGACAUUGUGCCGUAUAUAUUCUACGAACCCUUCAGCAACACCCCCCGUGCGACCAUCGACUUGUCUGCGUGGACUGUCAUGGACGGCAACUCACUGUUAGCCCAGCUGACCAAACACCUGACAAGUGCGUGUACGUCGCUUAACUUGACGGGAUUGCAAGGCGACAUUGCCGUGCCAGUGGUCCAUGGUUGCUUUUCCAAAUGUCCCCGGCUCACGACGUUGAUCUUGAACCAAGUCACUGGAGUCCCCACGACUGCUUAUAAAACGAUUGGAAGUGUCUGUCCGCUGCUGGAGCAGCUGCACUUGGGCAAAAGCCGCGAUGUUACCGAUGAUCUGCUGCGAGUGAUCUCGUCGGCCUUCCCCCGCCUCACCACCUUGGAACUGAGCCACUGCUGCUACAUCACGGACCCUGGCCUCGCGCUCGUCAUGAAAAAAAUCCCCCGACUGGUUUCCGUCUCCGUGGCCGGUUGUACCUACCUUAGUGAACGAGCCAUCACGCAGCUUGCUUCAACCUAUGGCCGAACUUUGAUUUCGUUAAACUUGUCGGAUCUGACCAAGCAAACAACCGACAACGUGGUGGCAGCUUUAGCCCUAGCCAAAGCUACGUCUGUGCGGGUGCUGCGCUUACGCUUUGCGCGACAGCUCACUGACGCUGCGUUUGAAUCGCUUGUUCACCCGCCUCAAUCGUUUACGCAAGCUGUUGGAGUGGCCUACAAGAUAGACAAACUCGAUCUCACAGGAUGCGACGGCAUCACAGGACUGGCACUUUCAUGGAUCACAGCUGGCUGUCCCUAUUUGCGAUCGCUUAACCUGACAGACUGCAGUAACAUCACCGACAAAGGCUUCAAGACGCUCCAAGGCAGCGCACACCUUCAAAAGCUGAUUUUGCACAAUUGCCCCCUUAUCACAGACCCUGCGGUAGUGGCUGUGCUUGCAGCGCCACGCACCCGCCCGUGGGUGACCCUCAAGCUAUCGCAGUGCCCUGAUAUCCAAGCCGGCUCAAUUGCCGCGAUUGUCGAGCACUGCCGACACGUUUCGACGCUCGUGGUGAGUCAAGUAGACACGGCUGUUCCGCCAGGACAUUGGGAACGCAUUUGCAAGCGCUGCACUCAUUUAAAACGGCUGCGUCUGGGGUCCAUUCCAAACUUACCCCCCCAAGCUCUGAUUUCCCUCGCACGGCAGUCGCGUCAGCACUUGACGGAGCUCCACCUGUGCCACUGCGCGUCCAUCAACACGAACGCACUGUACCCUCUGCGCGCCCUCACGAAACUCCGGUCGCUUCAUCUGGCGAGCGACGUCGUCACUUCCGACAGCACUGCGUUCUUUCCCCCUUCCCUCAUCUCGUUGACACUGUCGACCCCCCAACUCGACGACUCUGGGGUGCAAGUCCUCGGUGCAAAGUGCUGGCGGUUGGAAUCCCUGGAACUAAAGGGCGCGGGACGGGUGUCUGGCGCAGUACUGCGGCAACUGUUCCGAUCGUGCAAAGCUAUGACCCGGGUGUGUGUGACCGACUGCAGUUGUAUCACCCCCGACGACUUGGAUGUCAUGGCAAGAACGAAGCAUCGCCUCCAGCUGCAUGUGCGUCACCGUCAACAGCCCCCGGCAGCAACGAUGGAGGUGUCCCCCUCUCGUUACACUGGAAUGUGGAAGGUUUUUAGCCAACUGGUCCAACUCGCCCGAAAGCAACACAGCGCCGCCAGGAUGAUCCAGCAACUGUACAUGACGGGCGUUGUCACGUCCGGGAACCAGUUCAAGUUUCAAUCGCACUUGGUGGAAUCGUCGCGAUGUAUUUUGCGGAUUCAACGAGGCUUCCGAGCCUAUCGAGAUCGACGACAGGCCGUCUUGUUGAUGCGUUACAAGCUUCGAUCGGUGCGCCAUAUUCAGCGGUGGUACCGCAAACAUAAUAUGAGACGACGAAUGACCCGUGCGACGCUGUUCUGGACCAAACGGUGUCUCGUGCUCACUUUUGGAGCAUGGAAGGCAACGCAUCGCGCUGAGAUGGCAGAGCGCGACGCGGCGUGGCAGUCGUCUGCGACACUGAAAGCCAUGCGUUUAUGGUCGGACAAGACGUUGCGCGGUGUGUUUACCAGUUGGCGGGCUGUUGUAAGUCAAAAGCAAGCCAGUUUGGCCAAAGCCAAAGGGCUGUGGUCAGCGCAAACAGUUCCCAAACGCUUCCGGCACUGGAAAUUGCAAGUUGAAUUGGCCAAGUGGUAUCGCAAAACCAUCGUCGUUGUAUGGAUGAAUACGGUAGCAUUGGAAACCCACAAUUCGUCAAGACAACUAUUUCAAACGAAAAAAGCCCACGGAUUCUACCUCCGCAAUGUACUCAAGCGAUGGAAAGUGUUCAUUCAACACGAGCGACUGUUUGUCAUCAAAGCCACGGCUGCCAUCUUUGCCAAUAAAGUCGAAGCGUGGGCAUUCCGCACGUGGAAAGUUCGCGUCAAUGAGCGCAAGCGGCGACAUGAAAAGUCCAAAAGGUUGAUGGCGCGACUGGCCCAUCGGACUCAAUAUCAUGUGUGGUUGGCGUGGCAGCAUUACGUGGCACGCCGACGUGCGAUCAAGCGGGCGUCGCUGCACUUUCAGGGCAACGUCGUGUUCAAGUGCUUUGGUGCGUGGCGGCAAGCAGUGGCCAUGAGCCACGACGAGAAAGCCAAACAACUGCGCGUUGCUCAUCGGAUGCAAAAUCUCGGACUAUUGAAUGCUGUGGCCCAUUGGCGAGAGUACGCAGAAGAAAAGCUCUAUGCCAAGGCCAUUGCAGGGCGUGCACUUGCAUUCUUUCGCGGAGCGGUGGUCCUUCGUGUGUUUCUAGCGUGGCGGCAGCAUGCACAAGACAUGAAGUACCUUGUGGCCCAGAUGCGAAGUCGCAUGCAAAGCCAUUGCGUCGAAAGUUGUUUUCGACUGUGGCUUCGAUACCAAGCGAUGCGACGCCUCGAAAUGCACUCGGCGACCACGAUUCAAGCCCUGUGGCGAGGGGUGCUCAGUCGCCACGACACGGAGAAUCACUACUUUCUCUACAUUUGGGCGGCGGUAUCCCUGCAGCGAGCUUGGCGCGGGCGGUUUGCGCGUCUGCUGCUCCGCCAAGCGACUCGACGGCGGCGGCUGCGGGAGUACAAGAAAAUGGAGGUGGAAUGGGAUGCGAUGGAGGCCGAAGACGCGGCGGCGGCAGUGUACCGGCAGCAGUUGAACAUGAUUUUGCUCAUUCAACGCACUUGGCGAGGCAAAGCCGGCCGGUCGUUCUACCAACAGCUGCGUAAAAUGGUGUACAUUCGAAAGCAACAGCAACGCCGUCAGCUGCAAGAGAUGAUGGUGAUCCAAGCUGAACAACGACGACGCGACCGCGAAGACCUUGAACGACGUCGACAUGCUGCGGCCACUGAAAUUCAACGCAUCGGCCGGGGUUACAUGGCGCGCAAGUGGUUUGCAAAGCAACAGGAAUUUCUGCGCCUGCGACGAUGUGCGCUGCGGGUGCAAGCCGCCUUUCGAGGUAAGCUGGCACGGCGGAAGAUCUGCGCCAAGCGGCGGCAUCGUGCGACGAUCCUUCAAAUAUACGCGCGUCGAAACCUCGAGUCGAAGCGGCUGCGGACGCUCACGGCGCACACGCGGGAGACACAAGCGCUGUUUCGGUCGUUUCUAAGGGUUUUUGGGUUGGAUCCGUCGACGUUUGUGAUGGACAUGGGGACGCUGCUGGGCGAAAUCAAAACGGACUUUAUUUCGUUCACAAGGUACUUUCUUCGCAUGCAGGCCAUUGCCAAGGAAGCCAAGGCCAAGAACAAGGCGACGCUCACCAGCGCCGAGGUGAAAGCGUUGAAACAACAGAUCGAAGCGGCGGAAAUGUCUUUGGCGAGUCAUGUCAACCUCACCCCCGUCACCCACGGCGACUCGGUGCGGGUGAUUCUCGCCGGCCACCCCCGAUGCGGGGAGACCGCGUACGUUCUCCACGUCCAAGACGACGCCGACUCGGAGAUUCAAAUGGCAGAGAUCAAGAUGGACAGCGACGGGGUCCUCGAGUUUUUGCCGCUGUUCACCCAAGCCACGCCCAUUGAAGCCCCCAAGCCCGUGUUUUACAAAAUCCCCCCCCUGUAUUUUGACGCCCCCGUGCACAUCACAGCCGAGUGGAAGGCGAGCUUGGCAGCGUAUGCAGAUAAAAUCCGUCUAGAGACCAAGUUCUUCCUAGCUGCGCGGACCAUUCAGUGCGCCGCGCGAGUGUACUUAGCUCGUGUCCAAUAUCAGCUAGAACUGCAGACUCAGGGCGUAGUCACGGCACGAAGGGACGCUUUGUUGGUUCGGUUGCUCACAACAUUGGGGAUGGCCAACCAACGCACGGCCUGCGUGCUCCACCGUCUCCGUCUGCUGACAUCGACCCCCAAAGGGCUCCCAGACACCCCCCUGGCGCUUUCGAUCCUCCAAGACAAGUUUGAACAAGCAUCAGCCAAGCGCGCAGAGGUUAAGCACGCGUUUGCGACGCUGGAAGCCAUCGUGUUCAACGGCCCAGGGGACUUUGCGAACGAGUUGAUGCCAUUCCGAUUUCACAACGUGUUGGACAAAUUACUCUUUCGACCGCUGCGACGACUGCGCAAUUGCACCAACGUAGCCUUGGCACAGGCUAUUGCGGCCAAAGGCUGGGCCAAGCUCGCACGAUUCCUCGGGGGUGUCGAUUUUGUUCGAACAUUUGAGCAGAAAAACAUAUACGUCCAACAAGUCCAGCUGGAACAGCUGAAACAUAGCGCGUACACGAAUUCGGAUGGGUGGGCGGUCGUCCACGGCGUGUUCGUCGCGGCCAACAACAAGACGCUGCUGGACCAUCCAUCCUCGUCGGUGACCACGAAGCUGAUCCCCCACGGUUGGGGGGUAGCCAAGUUCCUCGAAGGCAUUGGGGGUGACAAGAAAUGGGACUCCAAACACUCGAUAGAAGCCAAGUUCAAAGCGUUGACGAUUGUGCGCGCCAUGCGGCAAAAAGAUCGAGAGGAACGCUUAAGGGCGACCAUACAUGUGCGGCAGGAAGAGUACAACGACUUAAGGGCCAAGGAAGGGCCAUAUGGGUACGCCCAGCGCCACGCCAAGCUCAGCGAGAUUGAAGACGCCAUGAAGAAGCAAAAGGCACGAUGGGAAGCAGAGGAAGCUCAACGUAUGGCGGAAAUGCAUACGGUGUUUGCAGCCGAAGAAGAGGUCAUGGGGAGGAUGCAUGAGCUCAAGGCCAAAAUGGUCAAACACGGGGUUGUGUUGAGGGAGUUGCAGGCCCAACCGCCCGAGAUGGUCAUGGGGGUCGAGAUCGUGCCGAGCAUGAAGAAUGCACUGACGUUUUUGGCGCUGGGGACGAAAAUCGAGCUAGAAUUGGACGACGGUGCGUGGCAUGAAGGCACAGUCGUAGCGCUAGACGUGGGGCUUGGGGCAAAGUACACUGCCGACGUGCUCAUGGCGUCCGACUACUCGGUGGAGCUCGUUCAGCUCAUUCCAAAGAAAAACCGACCCAAAAAGGUGCCGUCGUCUCAACCGAGUGGAGAGUCCUCAUCCGAAGUGGUUGACGAGGGAAAAGCCACAGAACAAGCUCAAGCCAAGGAUGACAGAGAGGCGGGACAAGACGAGGUGGAGUCGAAGAAAGGGGAAUGGACCAACACUGUCCAAGGUCGUACAGAAAACAAAGUCGCCUCCGAACGAGUUGACAAUCGCGCAGAUUCAAAAGGCAAUGAAUCGACGACUGCAAUCGACGACAACGAGGUCGAAACCGACCUAGAAAAGCAACAAAAGGCACUGGACGCGUUGGAGAAUGCUGGAAAGCCACAGGAAGUCAAGCUAAAACGCCUGGAAUUCCGCAAGUGGCGAGUUGGAGGGGCGAUCGACGUCACGUGGGACAUUCCGUUUGAGAAUGGCACGGCCAUCAAGGCGUAUAUUUUGGACUGGGAAACCUCCUCCGCCACGGGUCAGUUGUUUGUGCACGGCAAGCGGGACGCCAUCACUGGGCGGCUGGCCGCGCCGGAAGCCAAACUGACCAUCGGGCCGAUUUCCAUGGACGACGAGUUCAAGCUGACCGUCAAAGCCGAGAACGCUCGCGGGGUGGGCUUGGCAAGUCCACUCAUGUCGCUACAGGAGCCACCCAUGGCCAUUGGCCACGAUCUGGCGUUUGCAUUUGAACCGCCCCCGGUCGACACGUCCGAUAUCGAAGCCGCGGAAGUCGAGGGCAUGCGGAAGGAAGAGGCAGCGACGCGUGAAUGGAUUCAUCAUCACACGUGCAUGGUGUGCACUUUGCGGUUUGACAAGUCGCCAGAGUUGGACUUGCACAUGGGGAUGGUCCAUGGGCUCCCGCUCGUGUGUCCGUUUCCGAGCUGUGCGCAGCCGUGCGCUACGUACCAAGCGUUGCGGUAUCACAUCUGGCACUGCACCAACACCAAACUGACCGUCACCGAGGCGACGAUUCCGCUGUUUCUGCGCAGUUUUGAGCUGUCGCCCAACUACUGCCUGAAAAAACCCAGACGGCAUCUCAUGCCCCCCACCCACCCCCAAGCCGAUCAAGGCGAAGCGUACUUUUUAGAGACAAAGUAUCAGGGCGCGGUCACGACGUGGCUAGCCUAUUCCCACAACCGGCACCAUCUCCUCGUGCGGGAAACCGAUCGCGUGCAGCGCCGGCGGAAUCACCUGGAGGCAGCAUCGGCGCCCCCGAGCCCUUUGUUUGGCGUCGACUUUUUAUCCCCCGAUGUGAAUUUAAAGCUGCGCGACGACGCAGUGGCACUGCUCCAGAAGUUAAAGGACCAACUGGUGCAAUACAUUGCUGACGCAAAGCUCAAAGUCGCGGGGUGGACCCACGAACUGACCGAACUUGUCGAGUACAUUGAGAUGAAGACGAACCGGUUGGCCGCGGCCGAAGAAGCGUGGCAGCGCCAGUCGUUGAAAAAAGACAAGAAAACCGCCACCAAGAAGAAGGAGCUGAUCCAAGAGCUCAUGGACGCGUUCGACAAGGAAUUUAUCGCCACAAAAGCAAAAAUGGAGGCGGAAAUCGCUCGGCUCACGGCGGUCGUGGCCGAGUUGGUGCCGUUCACGCAAUUGGUGGUCAAGAUGAACGAGCUACGGUCGUUGCUUUCGCAGUCAAGCCAUCAAACGCACCUCGUGAUGGAAAAAGACGCGGCGAUCACGACGGCGCUACACGACAAAUUGGUGGAGCUCAUGAACAACAACGUCGAGCAGGUGGAGAUCCUCGAGGCCCACGACCGGGCGAUGGCGGGGCGGGAGCGGCAACUCAAGCGGCUCAAGGCACAUUUAAAGGAAAUGCAGUUGAGGCAUCGAGCGGAAUUGGAAAUCGCACGGCUGUACGACAGUCAGGAAAAGGAUGAACACGAGUUGAGGGUGCUACGGAACGAACAGUUGAGUUUGUUUCACGAGCGGCAGGCUAUUCGUGAAAAUGGCGGCGACGACGAAUUGUACUCGCCCGUGACCACCAACAAUCAAGCGCUCCAAAUUGCAAACACAGAUCCAGUGCUGUACGAACGGUUGCUACGUGGGCGCCAAAAGGACCUGGAAGCGGAAGGCGUGACGUUAGCGUCGCUCGUUCGUCACGACGUUGAAGUUGAAGGCGUGGAGGAAGAAGCUGCGAUUCAAAAACGGAAGGAAUUGAAGGCUGCCAAGCUUGCCACGGAUGGCAUGCCAAUGUGGCUACAAAGGCCGCGGGCGACAGCGCCGACGAAAUACGUGCGCUUGGAGUGCUCGUUUGUGAAUGGGUUGAUUCACGGCGAUGUCAAAAUAGAGUUCAACGACGGAUCUAUUUACGAAGGCCCAUGGGUUGAAGACAUUACGUACGAGCAGCCGUCGUGGGUGCAGCCAAUCAAAACGGUGCACGUCGACGCGCACUGGGGCUCGUUUCUGUGUCCGGAUGGCACCAAGUGGGAAGGGGACGAGGUGAACAAUCAGUUCACACCGCCCACAGCCUCGGGCACGUUUACGAUCCAGUGCCCUCACUUGAACACCCGGUACAAGGGCGAAGUUGUCAACGGUGUCUUCCACGGAUUCGGCACGUUGUUUAUGCAAAAGGCUCAAACGUCAGGGGAGUACGUGGGCGAGUGGAGCCAUGGCGUUCGAGAUGGAUAUGGAGUGGAAAUUUACGAGUCGGGAGAGCGCUACGAAGGGGACUGGGUCGCUGACGUGUAUCAUGGCCAAGGGUUAAUCGUGUACGACGACAAGUCGAGAUACGAAGGGUCGUUUCAAUAUGGCAAGUGGCACGGCCACGGCGUCCGCACAAACGAGUUUGGCGAUCGCAUCAUUGGGUUAUUUGAGCACGGGUCGCUGGAUGGCCCUGGCACUUGCGAAUACAGCGAUAGACGUCACUAUGCAGGCCAAUUUGGCCACACCAAGCGACACGGUGCAGGUAUCUUGACGUAUCCGAACGGCGACCGAUACGAAGGCCCGUUUGUGGACGACUUGCCCCAUGGAGAGGCCAAGUUUUACACUCGGACCUCGGUGGAGGAAGGUGCAGAGCCCGUGAUGCGCGUGGGGCUGUGGGUGCACGGCGAGCGCACGACGUGGCUGUCCCGCCCCGUAACCAAAUAUGCGACACUGACGUUUGUCCAGUACUUUACGCGCAUUCACCAAGUCAACACUGGCCAAGAGAUCGAGCUGAUUAAACCCAAGUUCAAGUCGCCAUAUGCGGUUAUGGUGGCCGGGAUGUUGCCGAAUUUACCCCUGGGGGUCGACCCCGAUGACCCGUUUGUGAAAGCGAUUGUGAGGCUGCUCGCCAAGACACAAAGCGUCAUGGUCGGCGCAGAUGUGCUGGACCGCACCGUCCUCCAGCUCAACAUUGUCUCUGAAAAGGUCGUGGAAUUGGUCGCGACGAUGGAACGGCAUCGCAACGACGUCGAAGUGAGUGCCCGAAGUGUACGAGAUCAGUCGCGGGUGGUGCGCGACGUCGCCAUCGAUCUGGACUGUGCGCUGGAGAAAGAAGAAGACAUGCAGCUCAAGAUCGAGCGGUUCUGGAAGGCCGACCCUCGGAAAACCGAGGCCAAGUACAAGCAAGCAGUGCUCGCGCUCAACGAAAUCGAAGUCAUGGAUUGGUAUCGCGUACGAAAGAGCAAGUUGGACGACAACAUGCGGGCACUGUUGGAAGCGUUUGCCAUUCUGUUGAAUUUCAAAGGCAAUAUGGACCUUCAAGGGGUGCCAUACAAACCCAAGCAGGACGAUUUGCUCACGUUGCUCGGGUCCAGCGGGGAAAAUGCGAUGUUGGGCGACAAAGAAAGUCUGAUUCACAAAUACGAUGUGAAAGCGCUGUAUGUGCUGCCGCUGUUCGACGUGUACUCAUUUGCCGAAGGGGCGCGUCACCAAAUGCUUCAGAGCGUCACGCAAGUGGUGCACAAUCCGCGCCUGCGCCAGGGCAACCUCCGCCUCGCGAUGCAGUCCCCCGCCAUCCCCGUGAUUGUGGGGUGGGUGCGCGCGGCGUUUGCGUAUGCCCAGGCAGCGUGCGAGAUAUUUCCCGUGUACAACCGCCUCAUGAGUCAUUUCCGAGUGGUGGAGAGUCUCAAGGCCGUGUUAAAGCGCGAACAAGCAACGUUAGUCGAGUUGCAAACGAGCGCAAAAGUAUGUGCUGCGGCCCUAGCCACGACGUCGGAAAGCUUGGAUUAUUACAAGAAAGAAGAGGCGCAACUGCAAAAGACCGUGGACGACAUCAAGGAAUUGGACUCGAUGGAGGAUCUGCCGACACAACAGGGGCGAGUGUUCAAAGCCAACCCGAUCGCACCUCAAGACGAGGCGCGCAUGGAGGCGGAGCGGGCGGCGGCGGACGCGGAAUUGGCCGAGAAAGUGCAGGCGCUCAAACUGCACAUUGCGUCGGACGAAAACUUGCGCAACCAGUUUGGCAUUUUGAAAAAGGACAUUCGAAAAGUGUUAGAUCGGAAUCAAGACGCGGUGCCACUGCACAAGUUUACCAAGUUGUACGAAGACGUGACCCACAAACGUCUGAGUUUGCAAGCGUACGGCGUCAAGAAGCUCAAAGUCAUUCUCGCGCUUACCACCGACAUUUGCGUGAUCGAGUACAAUGACUUUGGGGACGACUUGGUCAAGACAGUCGUGGACGCCGACAACCCGUACGCCCUUCCCAAAUAUGCGUUUCCGUGCAAAUUGUGUGUGGGCAAAAGCUACGAUUCGCAUAAAGAGCUCACAUCGCAUUUCCAAUCCAAGUGGCACGCCAUGAACGUUUACCUCGAGCACAUGGGCGAGCCCCCGUGUAUCUUUGAUCGGCGGUCUCGGCAUUGGAUUGAAACGUACGAUGCCGACAACCAAAUUCAGUACACGAAUCGCAUGACGGGAGCGGUGGUGGUUGACAAGCCCAUGGAGCUGCAAGCUGACGAAGUCAUGCUGGAAACUAUGUUUCCUAUAGAAGUGCCACCGCCAUCUUCUAACGAUGGAGAGUAUGGUUCUCUGAGCUCGGAGUGGCAAGAGGUGGCAGACGAAGGCGGCAACAUUUACUACCACAACCGACUCACAAACGAAACGUCAUGGACACUUCCGGUAGCUCCGUAUGCGACAGAGUGGCAGGUGUGCUUGGAUGACGCCACCAACUGCACGUACUAUUACAACCCAUCGACGGGAGAAACCUCGUGGACGUUGCCUGAUGGAACCGACCAAGACGGCGGCAGCAUCCUCCCCAGCGCGCAAGAAUCCUAGGCAAUUCUCAAUUAAAACAGACUAUGCGACACCAGUGUAGGUAUGUGUUCGUUUACGACCAGUCGUCAUGUAUGAAGUGUGGUUUCGAAGCCAAGUGGUGAAGAGCC